UUUGAAAAAAAAAAAGUUUAUUUGUGAUAAGUGUGAAUUUACACGGGAACUCAGAAUUGAAUUAUUCAUUUGAUUUUGUUUAAACAAACAAAAAUUUCAACAACGCAAAAUGUGGAAUUUAAUUAAUACGAAAAAUCGACCCAACAAACACACUAAUAUACUAAGAUAUCACUGGUUAAUUUUAUCUAUAUUAUGCAUACAAUACACGACUUCAAUAGACGUCACAACCUCAACGAAAUUCACUGCAACACCAACAGUAGCAACGGCACAAGAAAAUACAGAUCAAUCAGGUGCAGCUUCAUCAAACAGUGAUAAUUUCCUUAGUAAAUUAAUAUCCUCAGCAGUAGACACUGUAGACACUCCCAACACUGAAAAAAUUGGCCCAAAUAAACGUAACGCACGUGAUAACCGAUAUUACUAUGCACGUGACUAUGGUGUGCGUGAACCGGAUCAGUAUGGAACAUCAUCAUCUAAUCCACAACAUUCACCACUACCAGUACGAAAUUUAAAAGGCACGGAUCAACCAAAUCCAACGACGGCUAUAACUUCACCUCAACAUACCGUAGAACGUCGAUGCUUACGAUGUGCCGAUCCGUACUAUGAUGACAGGCGAGCAUAUCCAACUGGAUAUGAUCGUCGUUACGAUGACCGUCGAGGCUACGAUCGUUAUGAUGCACGUCGUCCUGAUUACUAUGAUCCAUAUUACGAUGAACGUAGUAUGUCAGCUAGACCCGUUGGACGAUAUGAUGACAGAUAUUAUUCUCGUUAUGAUGAACGCCGCCCAUACGAUAUGGAUCGUAGACCACCAUACGAUGAACCACGCUACGAUUAUCCACGAUCAAGUGUUGGUGGAGGAUAUCGUGAUCCUUAUGAACGUGAUCCAUAUUACACGACUGAUAUGCGUUACGAACCACGUAGACCGGCAACGUAUGAUUACAGUAGGUACGAUCGUUAUGAUGGAUAUCGUGGCGGGUAUGAUUCUCCACCACCACGUAGCAGUGGAUUUAGACCAUGGGAUGAAACUACACGAGGACAAUCUGGAUGGGACAAUACUGGCCGUGGAUACUACUUUGCUUCCGGUCGACCAGAACCUUCUGGAUAUUGGGGCUACGACCGUGGAUAUGCUCAAGGUUGGAACUAUGGAAGCAGUGCUACCGGCAGUGAUGCGGGAUACAGAGACGAUUGGCGGGAUCCAGGAGCGUACCGUCCAAGAGAUCCAUAUUACAAUCGAGGAUCUAGUGGUAGUGGCUAUCGUGGCACUAGUUAUUUGUAUGAUCGUGAUGGAAGACCACCACAAACAACGACACCCCGGUCAACAUCCCACCCAGAUGAUUCAAAAGAUCCAUCAAAAAACGAUACUAAUGACAUGAAUAAUAAUAACAAUCCAAAUUCAGGUUAUAAAAAUAAGUAACAAAAAUUUAUUAAAAAACAUGGCGCAAAUUAAGCUUAUUUGACAUUUAAAUAUAAAACACUGCCAAUAUAAAAUAGACAUCCGAUUUAAUGCAAUUUUUGUCAAAGCUUCAAAUUAAUUGAACUUGUGAUAGUGACAUCAUUUUCCACUUAAUUGCCUUUAUUCAAGUUCAUUUUAGAUUUAAGUUGAGUACUUAAGAAACAGUCACGUAAUAUAUAUCUAUUAACUAACAUUAUACUUGUGAACUAACAUAAUACAGGGUUGUUCAAUAAUAUGUUACCAAUUAUAUGGGAGUGGUAGAUAUAUACUAUUCAAAAAUUUGUUAUCACUAAAAUGGAUGAAACGUUUAUUUUAG